AUGGACGUUGUCAGGCGUUCCCUGCCCUCCCGGCGUGAGCAUCAGGGAGCCACACCUGUGGCCUUGUGCGCAUGCCUCAUGGCGGCACCUGGGGUGUGGCGUGGGCGCCUUCAGUGCAAGCACCUGAGCCGGAGGCUGCGCUACGUAAGGGCGGAGUCAGCGAGCAGAGAACUGAGCGCGGCCACGUCUGGCAUCGGGGCCCCACACCCCGGGAGGCCGGCGCCCCCGACCACAGGUGGGCCGCGACGAGCCCCCGCGUCCCGACCAUCUUUCCGCGCUUCCCAACGCGCACGUCCAGCAAAGCCGCUGAGGCGGCAUCUGGAAGACGACAAAGGCCUCCCCGUUCCCGGGGCGCGCGAGCGCGCCCCCCGCAGGGCGUCCGGAGCCAGGACCCGCCACCGCGGGAGGAGCCCCCGCGCCCGGCCCGAGGAUCUCCUGGUGAACGUUCCCAGCUAUGGAAAAGUGGUAGUGGACAUUGCAUAUGGUGGUGCAUUUUAUGCCUUUCUCAGUGCUGAAAAGUUAGGACUGGAUGUUUGUUCUGCAAAGACAAGGGACCUUGUGGAUGCAGCAAGUGCAGUAACAGAAGCAGUGAAAACUCAGUUUAAAAUCCAUCAUCCUGAUAGCGAAGAUCUUGCCUUUUUAUAUGGAACUAUAUUAACAGAUGGAAAAGAUGCUUAUAGUGAGGAACCAACCACCAAUAUUUGUGUUUUUGCAGAUGAACAGGUGGACAGAAGCCCUACCGGCUCAGGUGUGACAGCCCGAAUUGCCUUACAGUAUCACAAAGGCCUUCUGGAACUGAACCAGGCCAGAGCCUUUAAAAGCAGUGCAACUGGCUCAGUAUUCACAGGAAAGGCUGUGAGGGAAGCAAAAUGUGGUGAUUUUAAAGCUGUUAUACUGGAAGUAUCUGGACAAGCCCACUACACAGGCACAGCAAGUUUUGUGGUAGAAGAUGAUGAUCCACUGAAGGAUGGGUUCCUUCUCAAGUGACUCCUCUGACUUACUUAUAAGGGCUUUCUUUGUAAAGCAAUUAUUAUCCAUAAGUAAUUUUUCUCUAAAUUAUGUGAAAAAUUGUAUUCCAGUUGUACAUGUGAGACAACCUCCAUUCUUUCUAAAU